AGGUUGCCGCGCCGGGGCUCGCAGGUCCGUGCACGGCUCCCGGCGCCGCCUGGAGCGGAGGCGGGGCGUGGGGGCCGGAGCUCGGGCGCCCUCCGCGGGGAGCGCCCGGACUCCUCUCCUGCGGCGGCCUCGAGCCCCGGGCUUCCACUCCCUCCGGGGCUCCCCCCGGCUCCCAGGGGUGUGGCUCCUUCCAGGGAGCCCCUGAAUGUGUCCCCUGGGGCCGCCAGCAGGCUCCGCGUCGGCCGUCGCGAUCCUCGGGAGGACCCGGCGGGGCUGCGCAGGGCCGCGGCCCCGGGACGACCCGCUCCGGUCCCGGACACACAGCCGGGAGGAUCCGCCCUCGCGUGCGCUGCUGCAAACACUGAUCCGCCGUGCAAGUGUAGGCAGCUCGACACUUUGCGGAACGUGCUUCUGGUGCAUCUGUUUUCUUUUGCCUUUGUGGUGUGUGCGGUCCUGUCGGUUUGUUUUGCGCCCGUCCGGGUUCACGGGGUCGUCUGUGCACUGCCGGCCCUGCACCCUCGCGGCGCCCGCUGAGCCUGCCCACCCGUCUUGGGUGCUUCAAACCCGGGCAGAAUGAGAGAUUGUCAAUGAAGAGAUUGACACAUGUUCAUGGUUCUCAUUAAAGAAGCUUCAUGUAAGUGACAAAGGACACCUGAUCCCCUGCUGCCUUUGUUGGAAAACGAAGAAGUUUUGUUGUGCUGAUUUAACUGCCUGCAAUAUUUGCUGAUACGAUCAUAAAAAAAAAAAAAAAAAUGCUGAUUCUGUCCUUUUUAACCCCUGUGUGAAACUGACUUUUAACAUACUUGUGCAUUCUUUGAUCCUCCAUAAAGAUGUCUGAACCUGACUCUUCAUCUGUAUUUUCGGGUAACGUGGAGAAUGGAACUUUCCUUGAGCUAUUUCCCACAUCCCUCUCCACAUCAGUGGACCCUUCCUCAGGCCACCUGUCUAAUGUCUACAUCUAUGUGUCCAUAUUCCUCAGCCUUUUAGCAUUUCUGCUUCUGCUUUUAAUCAUUGCCCUCCAGAGGCUCAAAAAUAUCAUCUCCUCCAGCUCCUCCUACCCGGAGUAUCCAAGCGAUGCUGGAAGUUCUUUCACCAACUUGGAAGUCUGUAGUAUUUCCUCUCAAAGGUCCACUUUCUCAAACCUUUCCUCAUGAAGAUGACGGAAGAAUUCCUGAAUGCUGCAGCAGCCUAGGUUUUCCCUUGCAGGAAGUGUCAUAUCAAGCAGUUGCUUCAUGAAAGAAAUAACCCCUUUCUUUUCCAACCAAUUAGAGCUAUUUCUUCUCCUCCACCCCUCAUUUCUUGUUCCAUUCAUGAUGCUUUUCAUUUGUGAAUGUAGGAGUUGAUGCGGACUCAGAGAUAUGUGUGCAAACCUCAAGGGGCAGAAUUUCACACAAACCACUUGACAAAUCGGAGUGGACCUCUUCAAGGUGGAUCAGUUCAUUUCACUCUGCUGGACGCUUGAGGUAGAACUCAUCUGAGGCAGCCUCACAGUCAGUGCUGAAUAUGGACUCUUGUGCUUCAUUUCUCUUACAAAACCGUGACACCAACCAAGCUAGCAGAAACUGGCAAAAUUAAGUCUGAUCUCCUUAGAAGAUAGUCUCCAUAUUUAAAAGAUAAAGUGGCAACACCAAAUUAAAAAAAAAAAAGGAGUCAAUUUAGAUUUAAUAUAUAAUAUUCCUAAAACCGGAGGCAAAAUAUGCUAAAUGUUUUAUUUUCAAUAUAAAAAAUGAAAAUCACAUUUAUUGAUGAAUUAAGUCAUCAUGGAAAAGUUUUGGAAGAGUUUAACUUUUAAUAGCAAGGCAAAUAUGUGUUAUGAUGCAGUCUGUGAUGUAUUUUUGCCUCUUGAGGUUUUUUUUCCUACUUAUAGUCAUAAUACCCCUACAGUUGUAUAAUUCUUUGUGAUAAUUGCUGUUACUAAGAGAAACACCCUAAGAGACACCAAGGAGUUUUAUUAUAUCUAUACUUUCCAUUAGUGGAAAUUAAGCAUAUGGAAAAUAUUCACUUAGUUCUGUUUUCUGCAGUGAUAACUCCUAGCAGUCAUGUAAGCAUGUUCCUUUAUUCAGUUUCAUAGUCUUUAUAAUUUUAGUGCAGAAUUCUGUUAAGGCUCCCAGAUGUUAGAUGUUUGUUCACUCAUUAGGUUGCCAAACUUAAUUGACUAAAUUACUAAUAUACAUGUUAUUAUAUACUCCAUGAAUGUUACAUGUCUCUGAUAAUUAGUUGUUCUAUGUCAGCAUAAGACUUUGCAUUAGAAUUCUAGGAUGUAGGUUUUUAUUAAAAAUCAUAGACAGUCAAGUUAUAUCACUGCUGGGAGCUUAGUGAUCCUGGGAGCCACCAUACUGUGGUCGCCCACGCACUGAGCUUGGGGGCUUUGUCCAUGAAAUGAAGCAUAUAUGUGAGCACAGACUUGGAAUAUGGAAGAAAUCAAGCUUCCCCUAAAAACAAAACAAAGCAAAUAAACUACAGCUUCUUCAGAGUAAGAAUUUUAAUUUAAUUUUAAAAAUAAAUGGCCCACAGCAUAAACACUGAACUUCGUCAGCCUACAGAGCCCACUGCAUCACUAUGCCCUGUUUUCCCAUGGCAACUGGAUCAUUCUUGUUCAAAACAUUUUCUAAUCUUAAGUAGUGGAGCUUCAGUACACCCUGUGGAUUGACUGUGCAGGUGAUACUCUCUAGUAACUCAAACAGAAUAAAGAAUUCAACAUUUUUACAAGGUAUAUCUUUGUCAGGCUAACAUGCUAAGAGAGAUGAGGACUGGUAAUGAGGAUCCAAAGGUUUCUUUUUCUUAAUCCAGAAGCUUCACUUAAAUCAGACCACUUAUAUCAAAAAUGUCCCCAGACACUAUAAGACCUGCACAGAGUUAACUGCCCUAAAACGUGUAAUUAGUGAAAAAUUUGCCUUUGCUGCCAUUUAAAGUAUGGCACUACGUUGCAGUGUUAUGUAGUAUAAAUGCUGGACUAGAAGAACUCCACUAUUUUAGAUCAUUAUCAGCAGUGUCUCAAUGUGUGUGUGUGUGUGUGUGUGUGUGUGUGUAUGUGUAUGUACUAAUGUAUAUAUAUUUUUCACACACUCCCAAUUAAAAGUUGUGUGAAAGCUACAGAAUUACAGAGGCAUCUGUGUUAUCACUUUUGCUUUUUGAUUAAUAAUUUUGCGCUAUUUUGGUUAUUAAGGAAGAAAGGAUAUGGAUGCAGUGAUUUAAAAAAUAAUAAUAAAGGAACAAGUUUGCCACACAAUAGGACAAUCUGAGUAUUAUCUGUUCUAAGGGGUAACUUUAUACUCUUUCCUUCUGAAAGUAAAACUGCUUUUUAAAAACUGCAGGCAUACCCCCCCCCCACUGCCACAAUGGUUCUUGCUCUCCCCCCACUGCCGCAAUGGUUCUUGCUCUCCAGGUUAAGUAAUGUAAUUAGAAGCAACAUUCAUGAAUAAAAAUUAGGACUUGUCAGGUUGACCGAGAUAAAAGAUUGUACAGUUUGAGAUGAAUUUAUGUUGUCUAAGAAGUUCAGAAAGGU